CUUGACACCUGUCCGCAAACUUCAUUGCUAUUAAGGUUAUAAAAUUUUAAAUGACUAGGAUGGCUUCAGGGGUACUAAAUUAUGAAAGGGAACAAACUCGUUAGGGCAGGUCCGCCAGAAGGGAGCGAAUCAACGGGUGAAAACAGGAAUGAAAAUGCUAUGUACAAUGUAUAUACCCCUAUGCACAAUACAUUUUAGCAAGGGGCAAGCGGAGUAAGGGAUGAGGAUGUGCGUUCGUAAUCAUAGACAACCCAAAUCUACGCUUCUCAUGUGCCCGACUGCCUGAGU